CAAAUGUUUCAACCCUUGACACUUCUACACAUCUCCCUCCACCAAAUGUCGGUCUGAGCUUCACGUCUCACCAUAUUCAGCUCUCUCUACAUGGACGUCUUGUCUCUUAUACUUCUAUCCAACGUUAUGCGUCAUGUCUCUCUACGGACGUACGCUGCUACAGAGGCUCCCACGCUCAACAUUAUUCACCUUGAGCCGAUAUAGUCAUUCUCAAUGUCCGCCAAGGAUCUUCCACAAUGGUCCUGUACGGUCGUCAGCGUCCUCUCUACGCAGGAAGUUCAGUGUAUCCUUCGCGUCUCAGGCAAAGGUGGAAGCCGCAGAGGAGAUUCCCAAGGACGACGAGGAUGCGACCCAGCCCGUCGAAGGUGCUCCGGCGUCAUUCUCACUUCGACCAUAUCAGCGAGAAGCCAUCACAGCCUGUAUCGAAGCUUUAUCAGCUGGAGUCAAACGGAUGGGAGUUUCGUCCCCGACAGGAAGUGGAAAGACGACCAUGUUCAUGCACCUCAUACCCCAAGUCAUUGAGCCGGACUCGGAAGAUACUUCAAGUGGAACAUAUCUUUCUCGUUGGAAGCGAAAGCAGACACUCGUACUGGUGAAUGGUAUCGAGCUGGCUCAACAGGCAUACAAUGCUGCUAAAAGGCUUUUACCGGAGGACUGGACGGUAGAGAUAGAGCAGGGAAAGAAACAUGCGAGCGGAACUGCAGAUGUCACCAUCGCGACGUACCAAACUUUAAUGAGAGAGGGCCGCUUGACCAAGUUUGAUGCGGAUCGCUGCGGGUUGAUCAUUGUGGAUGAAGCUCAUCAUUCAGCGUCUCACUCCUAUUUGCGACUGCUACACCACUUCAAUCGCGAUGUCAAGCUUCCGGAUGCUGUCGAUCCUAUCGAGAGUCGAGAUCAUGAGCGUACUGUUCCUAUCGUGGGAUUCACCGCGACCUUCUCACGGAAUGAUCAUAUGGCCCUUAGCGAUGUGUAUCAACAGAUUGUCUAUCACCGUGAAGUUCAACUGAUGCUGGAGGAAGGAUGGCUGUGUCCUGCCAAAUUGACCACUAUUGAAGCAGAUCUGAGUCUCGGCGACGUCGAGGUCAACCCCAAAUCCGGCGACUUCUCAACGACCGCACUGGCCAGACACCUUGACACACCUGAAGUCCGCGAUCUGGUCCUUCGGACAUACUUGCACAAGGCGGAGUCACGAAGAUCGACUUUGAUCUUUUGUACCAACCUGGCUCACGUUGAUCAUCUCAAACAGACAUUCCGCAACGCCGGCGUGGAUGCUCGAUCCGUCUCUUCACUCUUAGCUACGGGUCAACGAGCUGAACUCAUCAGGGGAUUCUCAGAUGGCGAGUUUCCUGUGUUGAUCAACUGCGAGGUAUUGACGGAAGGGACGGACAUUCCGCAGAUCGAUUGCGUGAUACUGGCUCGUCCGACGAAGAGUCGAAAUCUCCUCAUCCAAAUGAUUGGACGAGGACUCAGACAAAGUCCUGCUUCUGGCAAAUCCGACUGUCAUAUCAUCGACCUAGUGGACAAUGUCUCUCAGGGAAUCACAGCCUCUCCGACCCUUUUGGGUCUGUCUCAAGAGGACGUGGCCGGGAAGCCGAGGAUUCAGAAAGAAGAUGGGGAAGAAAAGGCAGAAGAUUCCGAGGAAGAUGGCCCGCAACUGCCAGCGCCUGAAGUCAUUCCCUCUGGACGCAAAAUCAACAAAGUCACCAUGGUAGAUCUGGACGACCCCUUCGGCAUUAAGGAGCCAGGAUUUAGACCUCUAGCACAGCUCAGCGAAAAUGCUUGGGUCACCUGUCGAUAUGGCGUCUUCGUCUUGGACCUCUUCAAUGCGGAAUACCUCAAGAUUGAACAAGUCAAUCCACCUUUGUAUGAAAUUCGUCUCACCCAACCCAUGAUCCCCAAUUGGGUGCCAAACUCGAUACCAUAUCAGCAGUCCAAGGUUCUGGGUGAAGAUAUGACUCUGUCAGAUGCGUUGGCACGAGGUGAUGCCUACGUUGUGAAGAAGUAUGGGCUUAUGGGCGGCAGACGUUACCAACGAGUUGCGAAAUGGAGAUUCAUGCCAGCCCAUGAAAAAGCCUUGGAGAGGGUUUGGAAGAUAAAGGGACUCGACAAAAACGACUCCAUACAUCCAUCAGAACGCAAAGUUAAGAUUGGCUUUAAAGAGAUCCCCCUGGGACAAUUGACAGCGGGGCAGGCAAGCGCAGUCGUAACCGCCGCAAAACAUGGCGCAUCUACUCGCUUCAAACAACAGCAAAACAAGGCCAACUCGGCUGUUAAGAGAGCACGGGCCAUUGCUGACAAGGAUGCGGCACUGGCUGCUAGAAAUUUACCACUACCACCAUCAACAAAAUCUGAUCCACCGCGAGAUUGAUCGAACUCGGAUUGUUGUCACCAUUAUAGAGUACUUGUAGCAUCAUAGGCAUACUUGUACACAAAGGAUCUCCUCGGAAUACCUGGACCAACUGCCGCGGCCCAACUUCACUGCCUGAAGAACCUUGUCCUCCUGGCUAUAUGUAGUCUCAGAUCCAUUUUCAAACUCGCCCAUAACUCUCUCCACCAGACCUUUACCCACUCGACUUGCUUGUAUUUAUUCGCCGCUAGCCAAUCGGCAUAGAACUGAGACAUGACCUCUUCGCGUAAAGCCGUU